UAGCUUUUUGGAAAACUGUUUGGAAAACUGCUCCGCUCCGCUCAGCUCAGCUCUCCAGUGUCCCGUUAUCGAGGCCCAGUUGUUCAUCUAGUUCCAAGCUCUCUCGCCGCGCUGCUCUCGCACACCCACACAAACGCAGGAGCCACAGCUGAGCGAGCGUCGAGGAGAGGGAAGAAGUGGAGAGAGAACCUCUCUGUAAACUUAAAGCUACGCUCCGUUCUUGCGCAUAUUCGUUCUGCUCAUGCUAACUUACAGAGCGAGGCAAAACCCACUCAAUCGCUUUGACGAACACGAAUAUAUAUACCAAUGCGAGCAGAACAAUUGAAGUCUAUAUAGUUUCGCACACCGGACCAAAUGAGCAGAAGUAUAGCCAGAAAACCGGAAAAAAGAACACUUCUACAAAACGCAGCCAUCAGCACUUGAAACUCCGCCAUAUGUAGCAAAUCGAAAUAUCUGUCCAACCAACAACAAAUUAAAUCAAAACCAUGUGCUGUGCUUAAAUUUAUUAACAAAAAACCAGACAGAGCGAGAAAGAAAAAGGAGGCCCAAGAAAAGAGCGAAAGAAAAAGCGAGAGAGAGAGAGAGCUGGACGGGGCGGCGAUUUGCGUUGAUUUUUUAGCAUGUAUUGAAUUGAAAUGUUUAACUAGAAUAACAAAUUUAGUUGUUGAUACUUUUCCAAUUGUUUGUUAAACGCUGUCACUGGAAAAUCGAACUCUCCACCCACAAAAUAACACACAACACACACGCGAAAUAAAAUCAAAUUCUUGUGAUUAAAGUGCAUUUCUAUACGUACGUUAAAUACAACUAUCCACACUCACGCAAUAUAAUAAAACGCAACGAAAGUCGGUCGAGAUCGGUAUUGGAAUCGAAAUCUAUAUAUUUGACAACAAGGCUUUAAUUUGAAAAACCCACUUGGCUGAAAACACACAAAAUAGCAGUUUUAACGGCCAUUCUAUGAAGAUGGAAGUGCUCUCAGUACAAAAUCACAUUCAGGGAAAAUUCGGUGUUAAUAAAAUUAAAGACUGGCAAGCUGCGACGGCACCGCUGGAGGAGGAGGAGGAGCUGACCGCAGCCGCGAACGGAAACGUGAACGGGAACACAGCCGCCGGCGAGGGUGUACUGGACGUCGACGUGGUGGAUGGCCAUCCGGCCUCCGUGCUCCAUAUGCGACAGCACCAGGCGCUCAAUACGCGCCCACCCGUCACGCCCCCAACGGCAGGGGGCGGUGGUCCGAUGGCCGGAGGAGGAGCUGGAGGGGUGGUGACCACUCCCAAGCAGGCCACUUCGCCGGUGGCUGCGGCCAGUUUCGAGGUGCCGCUUAGCGCUGGCAGUGCUGCCGCCUAUCACCACGCCUACAUGACCAACGUGCUGGCCAGCACCGCCCAUCAUCAUCAUCAGCAGCAGCAGCAGCAGCAGCAUUACCACCACCCACUUCCCGCCUCGCCGCUCCAGUCGACGGCCGGCGCUCGAUUCGGGGCCGCCGACAACCUGGACGACGUGAGCGCCAGCGCGGUGCGGGAGCUUUCGCAUCAGCUGCAGGCCCAGCUGCGGGACGCCAAGCGACGCCACCUGGCCUGCACCGAGGUCACGCUGCCCAACGACCUCACGCAGCGCAUCGCCGCCGAGAUCAUCCGGAUGUCGGAGCGGGAGCCGUGUGGCGAGCGGGCCUGCACACUCUUCAUUGAGUUCGAGAGCGAGCCGAAUAAUGUGAGGCGCAUUGCAUCCUUUAAGGUGGACCCGGACACGGUGUCGAUAUUCGAGUUGUACUUGACGUUGAGGCAGGACAAGAGCGGCUGGACCUCCCUGCUGCCGCAGUUUAUAAAAAACCUCACACGUAGCAAUACUAUCAACAUUAGUCCCGACUUCACGCUGACCAAGAAGAAGCUCUACUAAUCCCAGUGAGUCCCUCGACGGAGGAGCGGCAUGGAUGGCGAACCAGAAUAGCUGGGCUGCUCAGAACUCAAUCCCUCCGAACAACAACAGUAACAGCAGCAGAAACAACAAUAGCAGCAAUCGCAAUAGCAACAUCUAUCGGUCGUGCCCCUUCGUCGCGAUCCCCCUAGAUUCAUGAUCCUCAUUGCGGAAUACAGAGAAAGAGGUGAUGUUUAACCGUAGAGGCAAACUUUUGGACCACAAACUAUCAACUUACUCUUGCAAAUAACAAAUCAACUCAACGCUAAAGCAAAAACAAUUAUUUUGGAACCUAAGCUCUAAAACAAAACCAAAAAAACCAAAAUGAAAACAAAAACAAAUCAACUGCAGUUGCAGGCAACUCAAAACUCUUAUUGGACUGACUUUUUGGCUUAAACAAAAAAGGUACUUUUUGAAAAACGAAAAAAAUUGCAAAAAAAAGAAGUAUUGAAAACGAGGAGAGUGAGGAGAACAAACAAAACCAUAAGGAAUAUUCAAAAUAUUGUAAAACGUUAAGGCAGACAAGCAGAAGAAAACCUCACUCAGUGAACGGUGGUCGGUGAUCCGUUUUAAAUUGAACACAAGGUAACACCCCCCGGUCGGAAGAAUCGAGUAUUAACCCCAUUUGUAUGUAUGGAUGUGUGUACACCAUCACCAUGUAUCAUCAUCAUAAUCCAGGAAUCAAAUGUAGCUUAUAUGUUAUGUAUAACUUCAGUGCAUAAUGUAUAAUACAUGUUUUUUGUCACGAUUCUAUUAGGCUAUUACUUCUAAACGCAUGCAUGCAUACAUAAAUCUAUAUACUGUAUUGAGAAAAGGAAAACUAACAAAUUUCUAUAUAUAUGAGAGCAAACAAUAAGAAUCGAAAGCGAUAAACCGAAGCAGAAAGAGGAAAGUUAAUAAUAACAAAUAUAAAACAAAGUUGAUGUGAUAUUAUAUAAUAAUUAUGAAUAUUGAUAAACGCAUACACACUCACGAAAACACUCACAUACACAACAAAAAAACCGAUUGCAGAAUAUUUGGAAUAGAUUGGAAAUUAUUUCGAAAUUUGGUUCGAUCCCAGUUAUCUUAGAGAACAACAAAGCAACAAAAUUUAUGUUAGAUAAAUAGAUUCAAACAAUUCUCAAAAUAUUUCCACCUAUUUAUGAUUAAGCUCUGUAUUAUAAUUUUAAUUGAUUAUUAUUAUUUUCUUGUUUUUGUGCAGAGUUCCAAACUUUGCGAAGAAAGUGUAGCCAAAUGGCUGAAUAUACAAUAUACAUAUAUAGAUAUAUAUGAAAAAUAUUUCUAAUAUUUGAUGUGUUUCUAAUGUAAGAUUUUAAUAUUAAACAAGCAAAGUCGAAAUCAACAACAAGAGAAAUUAAACUUAAUCCAGCAGAAGAUUUCAUUCAAUGUGCGUAGCUGUGUGUUUAUCUGUAGUUAGUUAACUAAAAAACAAUUGAAAACAAGCAAACAACAAUAACAACACGAUAUGACAAAAAAAACAAAAUUGAUAAGGAAGAAACGAUGAAUAUCGAUAGAAAACGGUUAUAAUAUUUAACUUAUACACAUGUAUGGAUACAUUUUGGCUAGUUAGUUGGCAAACAAAUUGUUUUGAUUAACGAAAGAUCUAAGCAGUGAAAUUAUUUAUAAAAACAAGCAAAAAAUUUAUGAAAAAAAUGGGUAACUAUUGUGAAGAGGCAGAAGCAAAACCUUUCGGAAAAUAUAAAGUCAUCUGUGUUAAUAAAUUUUAAAAUAAUUUUUAGCGUAGAAUAACAAAACCAAGAAGUGAAAACAAAAUUCAUUAAAUCUGUUGUAGAUGACAGAUCUCUUAAAGCUCUCACAUGCGCCACAAAAUAAAAA